UUUCAACACUACUAUAUAACAAAUAAUUUGAGGAUGUGCAAUAACAGUGGACAGGAUGUCAUUUCUCCGCGAAAUGUUCGUUAUUGGUGGCAGCCUGAUCAUGGCAUCUGUAGCCAGCAUGCUCUUUGCUUCAUAUCUCGACGGAUUGAAGGAUAGGAAGAAAAACAGAUCCUUAGUAUGCCAAAAGUUUCUAGAAAUGGGUAUUAGAGUUGACGAGUUUGAUCUUACAAGACACGAGUUAGCAGUUGCUACCAUGGCUGUAGUACCAUCGUCUAUAGAUGUCACCUGGAAAGAUAUCGGAGGACUUGACAAGGAGAUUCAAACCCUCAGAGAAACUAUCAUAAUGCCAAUUGUAAACAGCGAAAUAUUCAGUGGUUCCAAACUUCUCUCCUUCCCAAAAGGAGUAUUGUUGUCCGGGCCGCCAGGUUGCGGUAAGACUAUGAUGGCUAAAGCUAUCGCUAAAGAAAGUGGGUGUAUCUUCAUAAAUGUGGAUAUAAGUGUGCUACAUGACAUGUACGUUGGAGAGUCCCCCAAAUACGUAGCUGCUAUCUUCUCCCUAGCUGCGAAACUCAGUGCUUACAGUCCUGUCAUCCUAUUCAUCGACGAAAUAGACAUUCUUCUCGGUCAGAGGUCAACCCGAGAUCACGAAGCCUCUCAGCAGAUUAAGUCAGUAUUUAUGACUAACUGGGAUGGACUAAUAUCAUCCAAAGAUACAAGGAUCGUUGUGAUGGGAGCUACUAAUUUGCCGGAUGUGUUGGACGCAGCAGUGUACAGGAGACUUCCAGUCAGAUUCCCUCUGAAACUCCCAAACAAGGCAGCCAGACUGCAUAUCCUACAGGUGCUGUUAAAAGAUGAGGACGUAGGCUCCAACGUAGAUUUUUCCCAAAUCUCCCUGGCUACAGAAGGAAUGUCUGGCUCUGACAUAAAGGAAUAUUGUUCUCAAUCUUGUAUGGUCCGUUACCGGGAGAUUUUCAGAGAACAAUCCUUGGCGGAGCCCUCCUCCUCCUUCUCCUCCUCAGAAGAGCACUUCGACAUGCCCUCUGUCAGACCCGUUAACAUGUCUGACUUUAUUGUUACGUCAUCCUUGUUUAACAACGAUAAACUCAGUAAUCAUUUUAGGGACGGUGAUGGUGAUUUGUUUUUGGACUGAUGUUAGGAUACGUUAGUUUUAGUCUUUGUUCAGUCGAGUUCGGUCUGUUUUAGGCUAUUUUAGGCUGUUACUGUUAGGUGAUAGGUCUAUUAAAUCUAACCAGGUUUAGGUAAUUCUUUUGUUGAGAAUUGCUCAAUCAAUCCAUUUUCUUGCACAAUAUAAAGCUAAAGAGAGCUAAAGCGUUAUAUAAUCAUCCAAGAGGAGCUAGAUAAUUUGGCCAAAUUCAGACAAGCACAAAAGCAGCAAUCUCAAAUAAAUGUCUACAAAAUGUUAUAAUAGUGAUACGAUUAUGUUAUACUAAACAGUUUGUUCAUAUUUAUACAAUUUUAAACGAUAUUUUCUGCAGUUUGUUGUAUUAUUUAUAAAUUAAAAACUAUGUUUAACAUAUCUUAUUACAUUUAAAUGGAUAUCAUUGUGCAUCAUCUGAUCAGCGUGGUAUUAGUAUACUCACAAUAGUCCGGCCUUUAGUUACCACGGUGUUGAGUUUUUGCGAUCCUUUU